CCCCAGUCAAGGCAAGCCUUAAGCGCACUUUAAUGACCCCUAACCAUUAAAAAUGACUUAGGCCAAAUUUUUGGCCAGUUCCCGUCCACAAGUGACCGUAAACAUGAAAAUUUUUGUGAUAUUUUUGGGCCUUUUGGUGGCCGUUACGGCCCAGACAGAGUUCCCGGACUUUGACGAGGCGCCCCCUGGCAAUUUCGACGUCGGUACGGCCCUGCUCACCUCAAUUUUGGGCUCAGAACCGGUCCAGAACAAGCUGAAAAUUAUUUUCGAAAUUUUCGAUUUAAAAAUUCGCUUUAUCAAGUUGGCGGCGCAAGUCCUGACGAGGCACAACCUCGUCCUGUUCCGAAACUUUCUCGAUUUCGUGUCGCGCUUGUGCACUUUCCUUAUGAAGUUUUUGCCGGAAAGCGAGGGAGAGACCGGAGCCACGUUCCUGGAGGCGUUGUUUCCGGUGGUUGGGUUGGCGAGUCCGGAGAAUCCGGUUAAUAGGGUGGACCGGCAAGCGGGUAAUUUGACGUCGUUUGACGAGGAGUUGUUGGAAAAGCAUAAGGAUGAGGUUGAUUUGGUGACUAAGUUGAUUUAUAAUGUGCCAUAGUUAUUGUCACUUUCUUUCGUUGAAUAAAUAAUUAGUGGUAA